UCAGGAAAACCAGCAGUACACUGGGCUGGGGUUCUGCCUGGGCAGACUUCCCUCACCCCUUACGCAGGCUAACUUUCAGUCCUGCUAUAGGACUUCACUGCUAUAGUCCUCCUAUAGGUUCAGUCUUGUUCUUAUGGGCUUCUCAGCCCAGCUGCAGACUCGGCUUGAAUCCGCUCACAGUAGCUCACUGUGCCAGCCCGUGCUUGUCUGCUCCCUCCCUGUUGCAUUAUACAGGAGCGGGGCAGAGGCCAUCAAAGUUCCCCAAACUGAUGCCAACCCUUCAAUAAGGUUGUGGCCAAUGUAUUGAAACAACUUGGUUUUUAAUGGACAGGAAAGAGGCAGGAAACCAGUGGGGUGUGCCAUGAAUCGCAUUAUGGUUUGCAGGCUAAAUUUUGUAAUGACCUUCUCAUUAAAAUACUAUUUGAGUUUUCCUUCAGAAAUGUCUGCGUUAAUGUGAGUAACUCAACUGAGAGCUGAUUUACAGGCCAAAUUUUAUUUUGAAUCAAAGCGACUUAUGGUAAUUUUAAUCACAGUUUGAAUCAGCAAAAUCCUUGAUUUAAAUAACAGAUAUUAAAUUUCAUUAUAAAUAUACAGAUUUUUAGUAACUUUCUUGAAGUAAACUAGAUUCUAAUUGAAUAACAACUAUUAAAGCAUGUUAGCUUGCAACUAACUGAAGCUUUUGUCCAAAACAUUAUCUAGGUGAUGUUUUAUUUCACUAACUCUUUAUUUAGGUAGCUAGUAUAAUAUAUUCCUAUAUACUCAUGCAAAUUCUUGACUUUUAUUUUAAGAAUGGUGAAGAACAUAUUCUAACUUGAUACAAGUUGCACUUACAUAGAGGAAUUUAAAAUCAAUUCAAAUAUACAAGCUGUCUUUAAGACAAACAGAGCUCAAGAUGUGCUGGAUUGGGAAGAAUUCUUAAUGUGUGCUUUUGCAUUUGAAAGCAGUUUAACUGAAUCAAAUCCUUUGAGAUUCUUGGAACAGAUGAUUUCUCCCACUCAAAGCUUACGUUUACUCAGAGUGGUAGAGGAAAACACACUUCACAGUCCGUCAGUUUCUGAUCUUUGUAGCCACUAUUGCUUGAACUGAAGUAAUUAAAUAGAUUGAAAUAAGGAAAAGAACCUUUUUGACAAGGGUAUGCUUUUGGCACUUGCAAAGUUUUGAUGCAUUUGCUUCUGAGUGACUUGUGGCAAGCUAAUAGCUUAACCCAUCUGUAGAACAUGCAAUAUGUGGUUACUGCUGACAAGCUUCUGGAGGUCUAUAUGGAGGGCUAUAAAAUACCGAGUGCCAUAGAAGAGGUGAAUGGAGAUUGUUUGCUGUCUUUUCCUAUAAAAAUGAGAAGUAUCGAGCUUGUGAGAGCCACUUUCAAAGCAAAAGAAGGCAAUUCUUCACAAAGUGAGUAGCAGAACUGGGGAGCUUUCUGCUGCAGACUCUUAAGACUCUCUGUUGUCUUCAUAAGGCUGGGCUGACCAAUUUAGCUGGUUUUCUACCAUUUGAGUUUCUAUUAUUUUUAAAACUGUGAUGAACAAUAUUUUGCCUGAAUCUUCAAAUUUGUGUGUACUUAAUAAACAAAUCUGAAAUAUGUAAUAUUUAAGGGUGUUUUUUUUCUUUUUAAGUUUAAACCUGCCCUGGUUAAGAUAAACAUCUCUGAUUUGGCUAAGAAGAGAAGACCUGGAAAAUAAAGCCCUGCAACGUGUUAAACUGUGAUAUGCCAGGAAACAUGGGAUAUUCUAUCACACAUCUGUCGUGCCUGGUGCAGACUGGGGCAGGACCAUUGAGGAUACAGCUGCAUAGCUCUGUCACAGCUGCACAGCUCCUCUGAGACCAGGCUAGUUCUGCUGGGAGGACUUAAAAAUAAAAUGAAGGUGUGAAAUAAACCACUGUCUGGAAGGACCCUGGCGUGACAAGUGCUUGUCGUAUAUAGACUGGUACCGACAGCCAAGUGCUACAUCUCUGCUCUGAAGGACUGGGAUGCAAACUAGCACCAAAGCAGCAGCUGAACUGGAGCAGCUUCCAUUUGGACAUCUCCAGAAUCUGCCCUGUGACCCUGAGACCUCAGCUGGAUGCUUUUCUACUCCCUCCUGCCUUAUCUCAACACCUCAAGACAUCUCUUUCAAAAUCAUUUGUCGUUUGAGCUCUGCUGUGUGACAGAUGCAGGGGCUUUAAUCCAGGAUGAAUGAAUGCUACUAUGAUAAGCGCAUGGACUUUUUCUACAACAAGACAAACACUGACACAGUAGAUGAGUGGACAGGGCCAAAGCUUAUUGUUGUUCUGUGUUUUGGGACAUUUUUCUGCCUCUUUAUUUUCAUUUCAAAUUCAUUGGUCAUAGCAGCUGUGGUCAAGAACAGGAGGUUUCAUUUUCCCUUUUACUAUCUCCUGGCCAACUUAGCUGCUGCAGACUUUUUUGCUGGAAUUGCCUAUGUAUUCUUGAUGUUCAACACUGGCCCAGUAUCUAAGACUUUAACUGUUAACCGCUGGUUUUUGCGUCAGGGUCUUCUGGACACCAGCCUGACAGCUUCCCUGGUGAAUCUUCUUGUCAUAGCUGUUGAGCGGCACAUGUCGAUAAUGCGGAUGAAGAUCCACAGUAAUCUCACAAAGAAGAGAGUCACCUUUUUAAUUAUAUCAAUUUGGGCCAUUGCUAUUUUCAUGGGUGCUGUUCCCACCCUGGGUUGGAACUGCCUCUGUGACAUUACUGCCUGUUCAUCCCUGGCACCUAUUUACAGCAGAAGUUACCUGGUGUUCUGGAGUGUCUUAAACCUAGUCGUCUUCUUCAUUAUGGUGGUGGUUUACAUAAGAAUCUACAUGUAUGUCCAGAGGAAAACUAAUGUCUUGUCGUCGCACACUAGCGGAUCCAUUAGCCGUAGGAGAACCCCUGUGAAGCUUAUGAAGACUGUCAUGACUCUAUUAGGUGCUUUUGUUGUAUGCUGGACCCCUGGCCUGGUCGUCUUACUGCUUGAUGGUCUGAACUGCACCUACUGUGGGAUUCAGAAUGUUAAAAGGUGGUUUCUUCUCCUGGCCCUGUUGAACUCUGUCAUGAAUCCAAUAAUUUAUUCAUACAAAGAUGAUGAAAUGUGGGGUACCAUGAAAAGGAUGAUUUGCUGCUCUUCUGAGGAUAAGACCCAGGACAGACGCUCAUCACGGAUCCCCUCGACAGUUCUCUGCAGGAGCACAGAUACUUCAGGGCACUACAUUGAAGAUGGCAUUAUUCAAGGGACAAUUUGUGGAAAAGGAGAUCUUGGUGACAAAGGAAACUCCUGAGCUGUUCAAGCGACUGACUUGGCUGGAAAAGGAGAGGGGGAAGGGUGAGGUUUUGUAAGAGAAGAUUGACUGGCAAAGCUAGUAAACAAUAUAUCCACUUUGUUCCAGAGCCUAAACUCCAGUGUUAACAAAAGUUCUUAUAAAUAAUUGCCUGGUGGAAAAACACUUUGUAAUGAAGAAAACUUUUUGUGCUGCCCUCUUUCUCCUUUUUUUUUCUUUUAAGUACAUGAAAUUGUUUUUUCGUACGAAUGGAAUAAAUACAUCUCAGAGGCUUUUUGUGCAUGGAACCAAAAUGUAAGCAAUAUAGUGAGACCCUCCUUAAGCUCCUACAGAGAGAAUAAACCUGCCUCACUGUGCAGGCUUGGCAUUCAUUGAGUAUUUAUACUCUGAACAGUUUCUGUGCAUCUUGAGGAGGAUUGUAGGUGUGGUUGGACAGAAUUGUGACCUGUUUUCUUGGUUUACGAAGUUCAGGAAAUAGUUUAUACUUACCUUCUCUCUUUCUUUGCCUUAUCUUGCUUUCAAAAUAGGUAGUUUGAUGGUUUAUUAAAGCUAUGCCAGAAACCUGGCUGUGAUGGGAAGCCCAGAGCAGACACCAGUGUGCAUGAGGAUGUCCGACCGUGGAUUGUCGACCUGCGAGUACGAAAAGCACAAAAGCUGUUAUUACUUCCAUAGUGGGAUGAAUGCUGCAAGGAGAUACAUUGUGCUCUCUACUGCUGUUGUGUAGGCAGACGUUGAGGGUGGAUUAACAGAAGAGCUGUGCGGCUGUGUUCAUUAUGCUCAUUGCUUACUUCCCCAGAUAACAUCAAAUGGGUGUGCUCACCCCUCUGUAACUGCUAUGCCACUGAGAGAAAUUAAGAGGGUGAACUUUUAAGGGAAGUUUAAAUAUACAUAUAUACAGGUUCAAUCAAGCUAUUUAAAAUAGAAAUUUAUUUACAGGAAAAAAGCCUGAAACCAAGCUAAACCCCUACGAGAGUACAGUAUGCAUUGAUUGUCUGUGCUUGUCUGGACCACCUUUAACCUCCGAUUUGCAAGCAGAUCUUACUGGAAGGUACUUGAGGAAGAGGUGAUGAAACAGUAAGCAAUGAAGGGCUUUCAGCAUUGUUACUAAUCAAGUCUAGCGUUGAUGCAGCCACAGCCCAAAAAGCUGAAGUUUUGACCUUAUGGAGUAUGCUCUAAUGGAGGAUCCAGCAAUUUAAAGCUCUAGAGUAAAGUUUUUAAAUCUAAACUUUUAAAUUAAAAAUUGGAAUGUAGAUUUCUCACUACUCUAAAAACCCUGCUACCCGUCUUAAUUUCAAGAGGAGUUACCUGUGUGGUGUCCUAGAGAAAGUCUGAUGCCUGGUAUUAAAGCAGUUGACCACAACCAGAGGUCACUUUGAAAAGUUUUGGAAGUUUUGACCACUUGGAAUUGUCCGAGAACAGCACCAGGAGCAUAUUGUAUGAGGCUGAAAGAUAAAGAUCAGCUGUGGUUUGGGCAAAUUCUUCCUUUGGUGCAACUUGCAUGUGGAUAUCUGGACUGUGUUGGUCAAAGCAGAACCAGCACUUGGCUCAAAGGCCAAGUUACAAUUUUGUAGAAGGCACUGGGGCAUUUCAUAGCAAGCCUUAGCUUAUGAAUACCGCAAGCCCUUGUUCAGAGAGGUCUCCCAUACCACAAGUUACCUUGUAGGGAUAUGGCCUAACAUUUCAAGGUAAAUGCUGUAUUUAUGAGUAAUGCUGGAAACGUUUACACAUGUUUUUUGCCAUUAAAUGCAAUGUU